CCAUGAUUUUCCUCUAGCUGGACCAGAAAAUGGAUGCUUCCUGCUAACUUCUUACUUUAGUGGGUCUCAGUAGCUUUCGGUGAUUUAGCCAUUUAAUUGUACCUCAUCUCUACUCCAGUUUAAACGAUUAAAACCUAUCUACACCUUGGUUUCUCCUGAGGACGAGUUCAGUCCAACAGAAAACUGCAUGGCAACACACUGGCAGCUAAGUGGAGCAGUGUUAGCGAGCUAGCAGGCUAAUGCUAGCAGCCGCCACCGGGUUAUCAACGUAAAGCUAGCUCUGAGGCUAGCACGAUAAUGAUAGCCGGCUGACUGUAUAAUUAAAUGCUCUGUCUCUUGUUCAGCUGACAGAGAGAGACAUAAAUCGGACCAACGGCUACACCUGAAGGUAUGGCCCGGCUUUGAUUCGGACGCCGCUGGUGAUGGCAGAAGGGACUGACAGUGGCGACAUGCCCUCCUUCGACCCAAGUCCAAGUUCUGAAGCAAAAAAGAGACCAAUUUCUUCUGAUGGAAGAGAGGAGCCUAUGAGGAAAAUGCCUGUGUCAAAAUUUGGUUCCAGACCUCGAUUUGAGCCUGUACACUUUGUCAGUGGUGGCAGCAGUGGGGGUACCGGCACUGACGAGAAGGAGAACGACAAGGAGGGCAGGAGGGGUGACUUGUACGCUGAGAGACAGUGGGAAUCCGAACAGUCCUCGUACGGCAGCACCAGCAGAGCGCAGGGCUCCUCCUCCUUGAGGCCUGCUUUUGACAGAGUGCCGUCUUACAGCACCGACUCCUGGGGUUCUCAAAGAGACAGGGACCGAGACAGAGAAAGAGAGUUUUCUUCAGGAGGCACAAGUGGGUUGGGUUACGGAGGGCGUGGGUCAAGUUCAAACUUCAUGACUAAAACACAGCAGGACUACACUGCCAAGUAUGAAGCUCACAGCGCUCGAAAUUCAGAGGUGUAUAGCCAGUCUCACAGAUACAAUGGCUACGGAGGAGGGGGCAGGUCUGGAGGCUGGGAUUCUGGGCGCCAGGGUUUGGGGUACGGUCAUGAGGACCGGCACUCGUCCAGCCGGCCAUUCUGCAGAGUCUACAACAGUCCGGGCAGGAGCAGCCCCACCACGUCUCAGUCGGGCUCUACAACACAUGUACCUAUGCCUAUAUCACAGUCAACAUUAGAUGAGAAGCAAAGGCUGAUUGCUAGUGUUGCAUCUGCAUUGGCUGUUGCCUUUAGGGCCCCAGUGUUUAUGACUGGAAGUGAAUCACCAAACUAUAAUUUCAUGCUGAGCCGCAGCAUUCAGGCCUGCAAGACAAAUCCUGAGUAUAUUUAUGUCAACCUGAGCGAUAUUCCUCAGGCUGACCUACCCAAGAACAGGAAAGUGCCCACAGAUGGUUAUGCCUGUGAACUGAGAUGUCAAGGUGUGUAUCUUGCUACGGGAUACUCUGGGAGUAAAAAUGGGGCAAGGGACCGUGCAUCUGAGCAGGCUGUAAAACUCUUCCUGAAACAAGUUGAGGUUCGUGUGGUGCAGCGCAGAUAUAGGCGAAUCAUGGUCAAUGAUAUGGUUGUGUGCCAGGCUCACAGCCCAACACCGGCUUUUUUGCCUGCACUUCGCAACCCGGAGGAGAAGCCUACACCCAGCUCUAAGGGCCAAUACGAGCCUGACAAACGGAAGCACUGGACUGAAUUUGUGGUCAUGGACAACGCUCACGAUGCCAUAUGCAUACUUAACAAUUCUGCAGCUUUUAAUCGCAUGAAAAUAGACUACAGGUUUGACCCGCUCCCCAACAGCAGUCUUUGGCUGUGCAGUGUUUUCCUGCAAGAUGAGCUGGUUGCACAGGCAACAGGCACAAAAAAGAACUCAAAGCAUGCAGCAGCUGAAGAAGCAGUCAGGAAGCUUCGCAUGAAUCAGGCACAGCGGCAACAACAGCAAGAACAACAACAACAACAACACCACCAUCACCAUCACCAUCAACAACAACAACAAUCACAGUACUCCAGGGUUAAUAAUAAUUCAGAUUCUUUUAGCCGCUUUGGGCAACAAGGCGUCAAAAAGAAGCAUCUAAGUGAGCUGGUAAUCCUGGAAAACUCUGACAAUGCUAUCUGUAUUAUUAAUGACACAGCUCAGUUUAACAAAGUCACUGCUGAUUACAAGUUUGCAGUUCUGCCUGAUCAUCGCUGGAGGUGUGAAGUUUACUUGGAAGGACAGUUUGUGGCAGCAGGAAUUGGGCCUAAGAAAAUAGUAAAGCACAUUGCAGCAAAUGAAGCCUUAGCAACCUUAAGGCAGACACAAGCUGUAGUCAAAUCCAAUCUAAGAAAGGAGGGUCACAACGAUGCUAUUUCCCGGUCUCAGAUCCUGGCUCGGUCCGGUGAGGAAGCCACGAGGCAGGAGAUUAAGGAGGACAACAUUGGGAACCAGCUGCUUCGCAAAAUGGGCUGGAAAGGAGGCGGUCUGGGUCGGGAUGGGGAAGGAAUAGCAGAACCAAUCAGAGUGAAGGAGCAAUUCUCCAGAGAAGGGUUGGGCAUGGACACAGAUAAAACUGGAAACCAGCUGAGCAAGCGAGACAUUGAGGACAUCAUUCGAAACUAUGCGAUAUCAGACCGCCAAGAUGACCUCCGCUUCUCCACGGACCUCACCAAUGAUGAACGCAAGCAGAUCCACCAGAUAUCUCAGAAGUAUGGCCUGAGAAGCAAAUCAUAUGGACAGGGGUGGCAACGGUUCCUUGUUGUCAGUCGCAAAGUACACAAAGACCAGCUUAUUGGUCAGCUUUUACAGGAAGGUCAGGUUGGACGAUACGAGCUUGUGAAACCUCAGACCUCUCACUAGUUUGUCUGGAGGGCAAAAAUAAAAUAAAAAUUAAUGUCAUCUGCUUGAACUUUACGAACAAGCCACACCCAAGUGUUAUUGCUUUAUAUUUGUGUGAGACUUGUGUAAAAAACCCUAUGAAAUUUUGAGGGUCCUUCAGUUAUCACCUGGGGUUUCUGCAUUCCUUGCCAUGAAAUGUAUUUUGCUUUGGCGAGGCUGUAGAGGGACGUCUUUUUUUGUCUCUUUCCAUUCCACAUCCUGUUUCACUUUUGCACAAGUGUGUUCAGUGCUUCGUUAUGUCCUGAUGAUCCUCCGGUUAUUUAAGAUUCAUUAAAUAAAAGUAAGGCUUUUGUUACUAAAAUCUACGUUUUGUUAUGUGGCUAUGUAAGGAACCUGGCAGAAUAUGCAGCUUUUUGUUUGUGAACGUUGUAGCUGGUUUGUUCAUAAAAGACAAGGAUUAGAGAGGCAUUAACAUCAAACUGUAGCUAGGUGUACCACUGUCACUGUAGUCAAACAGCUCUAUUCAGCAAUACCUGCUAUGUUGUUUGCUCUUGUAACACCUGCGGAUCAUUGUACAAGCUAUAAUAAUGAUCUGGAAAUCAAAGCUGUGAUCUUCAUUUAAUGUCAGAUGUGUGCUGAUUAAUGUGAGUAAAGUUAACUUGUCUGCUUGUAUUCACAGCUGUAAAUACUGAAUAAAUAAAAACUGAUAACAGACUGAA